AUGACGGCAGAAGUGCCUUCAACGAUCACGUCGGACGAGACCGCGCCUCCGAUGGAGAAUGUCCCGGCUCAGUUGACGCCCAACCGAAAGGUCUCAGCUAAAGCCGCGCGACAGGGAAAAGCUCCGCGUCCCUUUGACGACGACGCAGGUCUGUUCAAGACAGUGUGUCGGUCGUUCAUGCAGAAAAAAAGUGCGUUUGGCGACAAGUGCCGCAAGAACCACUUUGUGACCCGACGCGAGUCGGACGCUGAGGAGAAAGCGGAACGCGCUGGUUCAGCGGCUUUGAAUGGGGAAGAGCAGGGGGAAAAGAAGAAGCCGACGAACAUGGAGGAGAAGAAGAAGGAGAAGACACAUACGGUCGUGGGGAAGGACAUGACAAAGAUGAUGAAGGACAUGCAGAUGACAAGUGGCCGGAAGUCGAGCGAUGACGACAAGAAGUCCACGAGUGAAGCGGCAAAAGACCAGGAGUCGAGCAGCAGCACGUCUAGAGAAGCAGAGGCUGGUACUGUGGACAAGCACGACAAGCAAAAGGAGAAGGAGACCAAGACGAAGACGAAGAAGAAGAAGAAGAGCCACGACAGACGUCAGACCAGCAAGAAAAACACCGAGAGCUUCGAGCCGAUGAUCAAACCAGUGGAUCUCCGCAUCACGUUCGACCUGGGCUCGAAAGAUGCUCAGUUCUCGACGCCGCUGACUUCGCGUGACGUCGUGCUCGUGCCCAACCUCUUCAGCGACUACAAAAAGGGUGAGCUCUACGCUAAGCUCAUGCACGAGUUGGACCACUGCGACAUCCCACGUGAGCAGUUGCUGAAGAUGUGGCACGGCAACGACAAGAUUGACGGCACGCAUCUCAUUGUAGACGACCGGUCAAGUUGGAAGGCCAAGUGCCCUACGUUCGACCUCGUCACGGACCGACUCAAGCGGUUCUUCCAUCUUGACAUCAAAGCGACUCGCUUCAACUGGUACAAGGACACGUCGCAGUGGAAACCGUUCCACUUUGACGCAGCGGCGGUAAAGCCUCACCUCGCCACCAUUCAGAACUUCACGGUCGGCGUCUCGUUUGGAGCUACGCGGGAUGCCGCUUUUGAGCACGCAACGACCAAAACCGUAGUGAGUGUGCCGCAGCCGGACGGAUGCGUCUACGCCUUUUCGCGGGACACAAACGUGCUUUGGCGCCACGGCAUUCUCCACGAUGUGCCAGUGCGGGACGAAGGUCGUAUCUCGGUCAUUGCGUGGGGAUGGGUGGACAACAUGGCGGACGUUGCGUCUCCGGCUGUCCCAACGGCGUAG